AUGACGACCUCAGAACGCUUCAAAAUGUGACUUUUGUGGAACAGGGUGCUGUCGCAGAGAUACGCCUGUGAAUUGUAGUAUUUAAAUCACGCAAAAGUGCAAUUAUUAACUACCAUUCAAGCAAUCACAAAUCUAGUGCAAUAUAUAUACUUAGUGAAGAAUCUUCAAUCGGUCGAUUUGAAGUUAGAAAUAUCAAAUUGUACAUAUGUGCAAACAAGCUAGCUGCUAAUUUUGUGCAAUGUCGUCGGCCGAACUUACAACUAAAGUGAUUGUAGCUUUGGUCAUUUCUGUGCUGCUUUUUGUGGCCGAAGGAAUAAACUACUCCCAGCUGGCGCCCUUUUUCCCAAACGAAGCGGAACUGUACAAGGGGCUGAGCGAGUUUCUUGUGGGUGCAAUUACUAGUUGUUUCGAUUUUUCAACUCUCAUCUUCAGUGCUUUCUUACCCCUAUUUGCCAAACCGGAGUUGAACAAAUUCUUCUUCAUAUGGGGCACAACUAUGGGUGCAGUUGCUAACAUUUGUUUUGGAAUCCUUGGAAACGGACCAGGCGGAUGGUGGUUUGCAUCAAUGUGUUUCUUCUCUCGCAUCGUCAUGGGCAUCGGAGCUGGCAUGCUAUGGUCAGUUGGAGUGCCACUUCUGACAUCUAUGGCCCCAUCUUACGCUGGAAGAAUCACGUCCCUCAUCGAGUCAGGAGUGGGAGUUGGGAUCGCAAUCGGACCCCCAAUUGGAAGCGGGGUGUACAGUCUAGGGGGGUAUAUGUAUCCCUUUCUGGUGGCUGGAAUUAUUGAGAUGCUGUUCGUGUUAGUUGCAAUGGUUACUAUUCCUAGUGCGAACAGUGUUUCUAACUCGCGUGCAGCAAGUGUUGCAGCUGACAGUGGAAUAAACAGUGACGACAGCACGAUGGUUGACAUAUCAGAAAGCGACCAGAACUCAGACGUAAAUCUUCUGACAGCCAAAGACCCCCCGCUUCAAAACAAUACUCUGCCAGACAACACUAGCGAAGCAUUGGCAGCUUUUCUUGCCUACCCAGGGGUGUGGCUAGUCAGCAUGUUCUUCAUUCUGGGCUCUGUCCCUUUUGGACUCUAUGACGUCUCUCUUUCGCCGUAUCUAUUGCAGACAUUCGGUGUAGAUGGCGACACAGCUGGCUUGUAUUUCCUGGCAAUGGGUGCACUCUAUGCAAUUUGUACGCAGUUUGUGGGCUUAUUAGUCGAUAAAGGCUAUGCGGUGCACGUGUUCUUCUGGAGCUGUAUCUUCGAAGUUGUGAUAUCAUUUCUCUUCAGUGCUCCUUACGUUUGGCCAAUGUUGGAGACCAAGUUCUUCAUUGGUACCAUCUUGGCCUUAGACGGAGUGGCUCUGUCCGGUACAUUUGUGCCAGUGUAUCUUAUCCUUGAACAUAUAGUACUGGCCAAUGGCUACAUGCACAGUGAGCAGAGCUUGAAACUGGUCAUUGGAAUAUGGAUCAAUUUCACUAUGGCCGCUGGUCGUAUUAUGGGCUCAGUCGUGUUUGGGGGCGUGAUAUACCCGAAGCUGGGCUUCUACCUGACAAGUGUCCUCACCUCCAUUCUCUUUUUAAUCAGCACCCUUCUCAGCAACGGCUACUUAGUCUAUUCGAAGAACUACCGGAAGGUCUUCUACACGCAAAGUACACUGCAUUUAACAGAUGAAAUUACAAACUCUAUAUGAUUUAUUUAUCGAAGCAGAGCUCGUUAAAACUGGAAACUUUGUAAACUACCAUCAAGUUUCCAUUAAAAUAACGCAAAAAAGUAUUUUCUUUUCACAAAUAGUAGCUUAAUUUCACUCUGUAGAUUUUUAGUUGUGUUAUUAGAAACGAGACUAGGAGUCAUAGAUUGGCUAUGGGAUAUCAGUUUGGAUCUAAUUUUGGAU